AUGUCAUCCUAUUCGGCGGAUUACAUGUCCAUUCUUCUUAGCACACUGCCCAGUGGUGGUCCUCUAACCCCGGAACUUGAGAGUAUCGUCUCCAUCAUUGCGGAAGAUGAAACUGACCAUCCUUAUUCCGAGCAUCCCGCCUGCACGACGGCAUUGGAUGAGCUGGAUCGAUAUCUCGAGGCCUCUAUAAAUCACUUUUACCGCAUACGCCGAGAAUGGCUCAAGCGCCUCGAGUAUCCCGCGACCCGUCCUGUACCUGACGAAAUGAUGGACCUGACCUUUCCCGUCACGGACGGCCAAAAGCAGCAGCGUGUCGCCGAGCUAUUUGCGGUGCUUGUCAAUGGAGACCAGGCUCACGAUACUACGGCAGAGACAUCAAGCGCUCGCAGCGGUCAAUUAAUCCACCCCCGCCCGUAG